AUGGACCCCAAGCCCAACAGCCGGUACGGGCAUACAGCUGCUUGGGACGGCGAGUCCAAGUCCAUGUACAUUCUUGCUGGCAGAUUCCUUUCUAUGUUUUACAGCGACCUGUGGGCUUUCAGCAUACUGGACAGCAAGUGGAAGCAACUUACCGCUCUAGUGUCGCCCGCACGUGCGCACCAUACAACCAUAUUAGACACAGCGCAGCGCAACUUACUUGUCUUUGGCGGCGAACUGAACAGCCAAGUUCAUGGCGACCUCCUCCGCUUCAGUCUUGCUGAUGCGGAGGCUCAGUGGAUCAAAUCGUCUGCUCCGGGGCCGGCGCCCCGGAGCCAGCACACAGCGGUUUGGGCAGCCGACACCCAAGUCAUGCUGGUGUUUGCAGGCUGGAACGGGCAGCAGUACAUUGAUGAUUUGCACCGUUAUGAUUCGUGGGCUGAUCGAUGGACAGAGCUCCCAAUGUCUGGAGGAUGGCCUGCUGCCCGUGGUGGGCACGCAGCCUCCUGGGACCCGACCUCACAGCGCAUGAUGAUUGUGGGAGGCACCCAGAAUAUGAGCAACUCUCUAAGUUACAGUUCUGCACUAUUGACCUACAGCCUUCUCACAGGAGCCUGGAAGGAAGAAGGCCUGCAGGCCACAAUUGAAGGCCCAACAGGCCGCACGGGUCAUGCCAUCAUUUGGGACAGCGACCAGCGAGGACUCCUUUUGUUCGGUGGAUACAAUGCUUCGUACCUGCAACAGACCUGGCGAUACGCUAUGAGCCACAGCACCUCGGCCAGAACCAUCAGUUGCCAACUUGGACGUGCAUGCCAUCUCAACUUUACAGACGUGUCUGGGGUUCUCAUGGCAAAACGAUUCUGCACAGAUACUGACAUGUUGGGCACAGAGCCCGUUCAGACAUUUGAGGGUGUAGCGACGCUGCUGUUUCUGGAGCCGGGGCACCACCGCCUCUGCUGGUGCGAUACCAAUUGCAGCCAACCUGGCGACUUUCAGGUGGCUUUGAGCUUCCUGACCGUGCAGGGACCAUAUUUAGGCCAGUCGGCUCAAUGCCAGCUCGGCGCAACCUGCACAGUUGAUGCUUGGCGAGGCAUGGGCCUUUCCAUCAACGACAGCGUGGUGAUGCAGAGUCAUUGCGUUGAUGGGGAUUACGCCAGCUUUCAUGAUCUACACCACAUCAACAAAAUCACGAUCUCCUUCGACAGGGCAAACGGCUGGCACAACUUGCACCUCGGAUUUCUUAAUCCGCAAACCAUCCUUCCGCAGGACGUGCAGCUGUGCUGGUGCCCGGCCAGCAGCCCUUGCACCUCGACCUGGGAUUUUCUUGUUGUCGCGCUGAGCCUACAGAUAUCUUGCCCGCCUGGACAGUACGAUGAUGGUGCUGGCUCGGCCUGUAUGGCCUGCCCAGCGAACUACUUCUGCAGCGGUGGCACUGCGCUGCAAAGCUGUCCGCACGCGAGCAUGUCGCAGGCAGGCUCAAGCUCGUUGCUCAGUUGCCGGCAUGCACAGCACAGUCCCCGUCUUGCGCUCGGCGCCCACAUCAAGCAAGCAGAGAGGGUAGGUGCCACCAGCCUCUCUUCCUGCGCGUGCGUUCCGGGCUUCGUCAACGAGGAAGGAUACUUCAAGCCAAGUGCCGGAGAUGACGAGUGCUCUCAAUGUGGUGAUGGGACCUACAGCAACCACACGGGAGCCACGCAGCCGUGCCUAUGCGCUGCUGGCUACGGCUUUGAUGACACUUCGGGUGCUCCCCUGAAAAGUCCUCAGAAGCAGCCGCCACAUCAGCCCUGGAUUGCCGCUGCCGUGCAGGCCUUGCUGCGGAAGGCAGCAUGUGCCGAGAAUGCUCGGAGGGCUUUUUUUGCCCAGGCAAAGGCGAGGAGCUUGCGUGCCCAGGGAACGCAACUUCGCGUGCUGCAGACGGAUUGUUUGUGCACCCCUGGUUAUUCCUGGAGGGAGGACAAUUGCGGUACCUGCCCUCCUGGGCGGUACAAGCCAACCCUGGCCAACGAGCUGACUUGCUCACUUCAAUGCCCAACCAAUGCUCUGAGUUCUUACGCAGCCACCAGCCUUUCCGCCUGCUAUUGUACUGCAGGAUAUUUUGCAGAAGUGGAUUCCGCAGGCGCACUGGCCAGGUGCGCUAGCUGCGCAGCGCUGCCGCACCUGCAAUGUCCGGGCGGCUUUGAAGGUCCCAGUGGCGAGCACAAAUUGCCAGUUUCCAGGGCGGGCUAUUUCCAAACUGGAAUCACCACAGCCGUGAAAUGCAGCGUCGUUGCGGCCAAUGGCCUUAGCGCACGUCUCGGUGGCAACAUUUGUGCUGAGGGUGACUCCAACGAUUUGAACACUGCAUGCGUUGGGAAGUACCGGAACGGCUGCGAUGAAGGCUCCACUGGCAAACUUUGCGGAGAAUGCCCAGCUGGCUGGGGAAGAAACGGGUUUCAACAGCCCUGCCAGCCAUGCGCCGCUGGAGCAGCUCUGCCGCUGAUCCUGUCCAUCCUUGUCGACGUCGGCACGAAGGUCGCAACGUGUUGA